UCCACAUUGAACUCCGUAAUGGCCUAGACAAGCGGAUGGUCACCGGCGGCGACUUUCUCCGAAUAUGGAUGAACGAUGAGUAUAGCCACUCCAGUGUGGCGGGAUACGUGGUGGAUCAUUUGGACGGUACAUACACAGGGGUGGUCAGAGCCGCGUGGAAAGGUCGAGCAACCCUCAAAGUGUCUGUUGGACACACAAAGGAACAAGUUGCACUAUAUGUCCCAAUAUUUACACAAAUAUGGCGCGUAUAAAUACACCAAUGCUACGUUUUACUCAUUACAUCCUAAAGUAACGGAAUCGACACAAUGUAGUUCGACACACUGGCAGGUCGGAGACAGGUAUGGGGGGUACUGUAACUUCACCGCCAUUAACUACAACAUACCAUAUUACUGCGGACAGCCGAGAUACUUCGACUGUACGGACUGGAAACAAUAUGGCUGGGAUGACGUCAUGUACCUGGACCGUCGGGAGAUUUACAUCAUGCGGGCAUUCUCCCACGCACUGAUCGGUAAAGUACCGUUAGAAAUCCAAGCAAGACGUUAUCCCCGACCACCGCCCACCUUACCCUGUCACCUACUGGAGAAGCAGUAUACGUGGACAGCCAGUGUACCUGUCGGGUAUCAACACAUGACACUGUGGCAGCCGUCACAGUGCUCCAACCGUAUUGCUAAGCGCAGAGAGACGUACAUAAAAUGCCUUGCGUCACGAACUAUAAUAUUUGUGGGCGACUCCACGUCACGACAAUGGUUCAAACAUCUCGUUCAUAUAUUAGAUUUAAAACUUGACAAUUCAGCUUUUUCGAAGAAUGAAUCUAAAAUUUGGCAGAAAUAUAUCAGCGCCAGGUCUAAGAAGUUUGCAAUUAAAAUGGAAUGGCAGCCACACGAACAUCCGUUUUCUGGGACCCCCGGCUCUUCAAUAUCGAACCUCAAGUCGGUACAAUACAGACUGGACAAGAUAGGUGCGAACAGAACCGAUAUAGUGGUCAUCAAUUGGUUCCUUCACAUAGCCAGAUCGUGUGAUCAUAACGCCUUCCGUAAACAUGUCCGGAACGCUAAAUUAGCCAUCAUUAGAUUAUUAAAACGUUCACCAAAAGUGGAGAUUUUCAUUAAAGGCACGCACUCGCACACUUACAAGAACGAGUUCAUGCCGUUGGAAUACAUCCGUCGGUUCGUGGAACAGGUUCUGUAUGAAGAAUUCGUUGACCUCCAAAAUAAGAUCACGUACCUUGAAGGAUGGGAGCUUACGGAAUCCCUGGAAAACGACAAGGUCCACCCAUCCUUUCACAUAGUUGAUCAAAUGGUACACACCUUUAUGGCUUUCGCAUGUGCUGACUCUGAUUAAUUUUCAAAAUCCACUGACACUGUGAUAUUCGUAUCCGAAUAAAUUAGAUAUACAACGAAUUUGUAAGUUGCCUAAAAGUGAGUAUAGCUGAAUGGAAUACUAUUUUAUUCCAUUAUAGUGAUGGUAUGUAUCGAAGAGGUAAAUACAUUAGGCAGUGAAACAUCUAUUACAUAAUGUGCUCCAACAUUACUUAUCCUUCAUAAAUAUGUGAUACGGCAAAUAUUACACCUUAAAGUUCUAAUAUAUGAUAUUAUGGAUGUAAGCAAGAAGUAUCCUGUAUAUGAAAUAAAAUAUCACGUGUAAAUUUUGUACAGUUACAGCCUUUGGCUGAGGUCGAUAAAUCUAGGUAUAGACCGAAGCAAAAGGCUAUAGUUGUUAUAUAAUUUUCAUACAAUAACCAAUUAUGAAAUACAUAGUAAGACAUAGUGAUGCAUAAUAUACUGAUAUUGAAAUAUGAUAAUCUUCAACAUUUAACAAACUAAUUUAAUUAAUUUAUUAAAUGUACGCCUAAUGAUGUUGAAAUUGAUUACAAUUUUUUGAAAUAGAACGAUGAUGAAUCCUGAAUACAAUCAGUAGUCUCUGGUGGCAUUUCAUCUCAACUGAGACAUACAUUCAUCAUCUUUACAAAUGUCAAAGAAGUGAUCCGCGUUAUCAAUCAGUUUGGAUACGUUUCUCAUCCAGAUAUAAGUAGACAACAUUCAUGGAUGUCUUCGUUGACUUCCUUAAAUGUGUCAGAUUGUGAUUCCGUGUGAGUUAAAUCAACAUAUUCCAAAAAUGAUCUACAAUAUUAUUUUGCAUAUGAUAUAUUGUUAUGGGUUCUUACUGAAAUAGUAACGCGAAUUGUGUGGAACAGUAUAUGAGUCCGGUUUUAAAUAUAAUUGUGUCAAGGUCAAUUCUUUGGCAAGUAUUCAAUACAAAAGCCGUUAAAGAUCACUUUCACUCGUAUCAUAUCGCUCCAUCCAUCUGACCGACUUCAGUCCUAUAAACAACACUACCCCGUUGUGUGUCGAUGGUGUAUAGAAUGUCAUAUAUCUGUCAAAAUCAGCCACCGCCCCGGAUACAUAAUGGACCUAAGAUUUACUGAAUUAGGUCAAAGUGAUAAAGUUACAUCGUUAUUUAUUAUAAAACUCCUAUUUAAACCUCAGUAAAUGAGCUUAAUUUUCAUAUGAACAUUUAGGACCAUACAUGUACCUUCAUUACGACUAAGAAAUAUAUCUGUCAAUGUAUUUGUACGUUUAACGUGUUUCCAAUACAAAUACCUGUUAGUGUGCUAUCCCCAUGUAAUAUAUAACUUGGUAGCAGGUUUGGCUCGCGGGGUCGCUGAAGUGUCCAUACAGUAGUCUGGUUUGACCAUGACGUUGACUUUUCUACCUAAUCAAUUUGUAAAUAUUGAUUAUGAACAUGCUCGGCGUUUAUGUUCAAAAUACACCCAUUUUUACGUAGAUCAACAUGGGAUUUUAUAUGAUAAGAGUUUUUGAUACACAAAGCUACAUCUCAAGGUCGUAUUUGAAUAUUUUUGAUGACGCAGAUAGGUAUUGUAUCUUGUUAAACCAGAUUAAUUUCCAUAAGAUCAGGCACGUCAACAUUGUGACAAAGCAUACACUUGAUAUAUAAUUGAGAAUAAACAACUUGCAAGAGUAUUUUUUAGAUAGACAAAUGGUGUUCUCACAAAUAUGUUAUUUGUAAAUCAAGUGAGGUACCAAAUCCUUACCACUAAUGAUGCAGUGUGUUAACUGGAAAGGCUUUAUAAAAAGUGUCUACUACAGAUAAAAACUCUCUUACCUGUUGGUUUAUAUUAAUAUCACGGGCAACAAAGUUAGAUGUUCUUGUCUGUUUUUUAAUCAAUAAUUGAAUAUCAAUAUUAAUGUGUUGUUUGAAAAUGUUGUUAAUCAUAGAUUUAAUGUCAGUGCCAGAAAUUGUUAUUUUAUCAGAAGCGCAAAUGAUUUGUACAAAAGGCACUUAAGGGUAGUAACUUUUAACUAUAACUUAGGUAUAGUUAAAACAAUAGUGAAAAAAUGUUUUCUAGGACUAUUAAUAUUAAGACAAAGCUCGGGGACUUACAGUUCGUUAGGAGGGUAACAAC